UAAGGUUACUUCUUAAUAAAUUGAAUUGCCUGAUUUUGGUGGGGAAAUAUGGUGUGUUCUGUGUUUAGGUGGGUUUUGAUUAGGAUAAUUUCAUGCUGGUGUGAUGUGUUAGGAGUUUUAGGUUGGGGGUAGUGGGGUUUGAAGAUGACACAUGUUUUGCAACAGAAGCCUGAUAGCACAGGGGAUGAUGCCCACUCUGAAUUUGAGAGGGGAUGGGAGGAGUUAAUGUGCGGGGACUUGGACGAGUGUAUGUCAUUUGCUUCAUCUAGUUCAGCACGAAACACUGAAGAUGAGGACGAUGACAGCGAUGGUCUUGUGAGAAGAAGAAGAAGGAGGACUACUUCCCUAAUUGAAGGCGAUGAUAAUCUGGCUGAGUCUUCUGCUGCUAGGCGGAGGCGUUCACAGAUUUUGAGUAGGUGGGCUGCUAGACAGGCAGAACAUAUGAUUACUACUAUCGAGAGGAAGAAUCGUGAGUCCGAGUUGAUGGCACUUGCCGGUUUGCACACUGUGUCGACACUUGAUUCUUCAUUCUUGAGAGAAUCACAAUCUCCUACUUCAAGGCGUGAUGCCGAGAGGACAAGCAGUAGGUCCUCGACUAUCUUGCAAAUGUGGAGGGAGUUGGAGGAUGAGCAUAUAUUGAAUCAUCCCCGAGAGAGGGUAAGGGAAAGACUGACUCACCAGAGGACUGUGGACUCUAACACCAAUAUUUCUAGUACUAGUAUUUCAGAAAGCCGGGAGACUGAGAACCAUGAUACUUUGGUGGAUGCUAAUGAGAGUGAGAAUGAGUAUGGUACUUGGUCUCAUGAUGUGAUUGGACCACAGAUUGAGAACAGCGAGAAUGGAAACUCCAGCCGUGAACAGUCUCCUGAUCUAGGGGAGGUUGAGAGGGAGAGGGUGAGACAAAUUGUUCGUGGAUGGAUGGAGAGUGGGAUCAGUGACCAUUCACCUAAUGUCUCUCAGAGGAAUGGUGUCCCAAGAAGUGAAUGGCUGGGGGAGACAGAGCGUGAAAGGGUGAGAAUUGUGAGGGAAUGGGUCCAAAUGACUAGUCAACAAAGAGGAGCUCGUGGUGGCAGAAGGGAAGAACAGUCCAAUGGGCUUAGUGCUCAAGCUGAUCGUAUUCGUGAUGAGUCUGUUGUUGAGCAUGAGGAAGGCCAGCCAGAGCAUGUACAUAGAGACAUGCUGAGGUUGCGUGGGAGGCAGGCUUUACUGGAUUUGCUUGUGAGAAUUGAAGGGGAAAGACAGAGGGAACUUCAAGGUCUCUUAGAGCAUCGUGCGGUUUCUGAUUUUGCCCACCGCAGUAGGAUUCAGUCACUACUCAGAGGAAGGUUCUUGCGAAAUGAAGGGCCUGCUGAGGAAGAGAGACCACCUUCAAUGGCAGCAAGCGAACUAAUUCAUCUUAGGCAACGCCACACUGUCUCUGGGCUCAGGCAAGGAUUUCGCUCCAGAUUAGAAAACAUUGUACGUGGUCAAGUGAGCAGCCAUUCUGAAUCUUCAUCUAACAGUGGCAACGGUGGUUUGAGAAGUAACCAGACUCAUGCAAAUCCUUUACAGGAGGUACAAAAUGAAAAUCUUGAGCAGCUGCAGUCUAGGGAGCAGGAGCAUAUUACUCAUCAGUUACCUGAUCACAGAGAGAGUUUUGAUUCCAGUACAACUAGUCAGGCUACAAACUGGCUAGUGUCUCCUAACCAAGGAAGGGGUCAAGUGGAACCCAUUGUUGAAGCUGAUGGAGCAAAUCAGCGGGAUGCAACUUCUAAUGAACAGAGUAAUGGAACUAUGGAGAAUACAAGUGGGAACUGGCCACAAAAUCAACCAAUUGUUUGGCCCCCUGAAACAACAGGUGACAUGAAUAGAGAUGAGCAUCGUUUACCAGAAAAUAUUGAGGUUUGGCAUGAGGAUGGGUCACGAGAAGCUGUGGAGAAUCGGUCAGAAGGGCCUUCUGAUCCUCCUAGAAUGCGGCGUCCUGUCCCAUAUAGAAGAAUUAGUAGAUUCCAUCCGCCCGAUGAUGAUAAUGUGUAUAGUAUGGAACUCAGGGAGCUUCUUAGCAGGAGGAGUGUUUCCAAUCUUCUUCACAGUGACUUCCGUGAAAGUUUAGAUCAUUUAAUUCAGUCAUAUGUAGAAAGGCAAGGCAGUGCUCCAAUUGACUGGGAUUUGCACAGGAACUUGCCUAUUCCAACUUCAACUGAAAGGGGUCCGGACAACCAGAAUGUUGCCCAACCGGAAGGAAUUAGCAGGCCUUCACAUGUGCAACCAUCUCCUCCUGUACCUCCUCCACAACCACUUUGGCAUCAGGAUUUGCACCAAUCCAGUUGGCCACAUCACACUGUGCAUCGUUCUGAACUUGAGUGGGAGAUGAUGAAUGAUCUUAGAACGGACAUGGCAAAACUGCAGCAAGGUGUGAAUCACAUGCAAAAGAUGUUGGAGGCCUGCAUGGAUAUGCAACUGGAGUUGCAACGUUCAGUCAGACAGGAAGUUUCAGCUGCUUUGAAUAGAUCUGCUGAUGGACAAGGAGUUGCUGAGACUUCAGCCGAUGGAUCUAAAUGGGGCCACGUGAAAAAGGGUACUUGCUGUGUUUGUUGUGAUAUUCACAUUGAUGCCUUGUUGUACAGAUGUGGGCACAUGUGCACUUGCUACAAAUGCGCAAAUGAAUUGGUUCGAGGUGGAGGGAAGUGUCCAUUGUGCAGGGCACCAAUUGUUGAGGUGAUCCGAGCUUACUCAAUAUUGUAAAUAGAAAGGACAGGAAGUUCAAGAAAAUCUAAGUUAAAAGUUGGUAAGGU